GGCCGGGCGGUGAGUGGGGGCGCUGGGGAGAGGCCGAGGCAGGAAAUCGCUGCCUGGAGGAAGUGGUGGCAGGGGCGGGGGGCUCGGAGCCGAAACGCGGCUGGGACCGGGGAGACCCCCCCGCCCCCAGCCAGCUCUGGAGCCGCGCGGGGGGGUCGGUGCCCCUGAGCCCAGGAGGGCCCCCCCAGCCGAGCCCGCCCUGGGGCAGCAGUCGCAGGGGGGUUUCUAGAUCAGCUGUGCGGCGUUUUCCUCCUGCCCCGAAGGUGAGAACAAAGAAGGGAAUCCCCGUCAGGCCGGGACUUGGAGCCCGGAGCCGCACAGCCCCUCGCGGGGAGAGCCCAAGCCCUGAGCCGGGAGAGACACCAGCCUGGCGCAGCGCGGGGCUGGUCGGCAGCAGAGAGGAAACCCCCCGCCCCCCAAUCCCAGAGUAGAGACGACCCCUGUCCUCAUGGAAGAAAAUCCCCAUAAAUGUUCUGACUGCAGGAAAAGCUUUAAGCAGAGCUCGACCCUAAGGAGGCACCAGCGAACCCACACGGGGGAGCGACCCUACAAAUGCCUCCAGUGCGGGAAGAGCUUUGCGGACAGCUCCAGCCUCCUUCGCCAUCAGAGGAGCCACACGGGGGAGCGACCCUACACGUGUGCCCAGUGCGGGAAGAGUUUUGGGCAUAGCUCGAGCCUGAUCACACACCGCAGGACCCACACAGGCGAGAAACUCUACAGGUGUGAUGAGUGUGGGAAGAGCUUUGCUCAGACCUCCAACCUCCUAGAGCACCAGAGGAUUCAAACAGGCAUGAAACCCUACAAAUGCCCUGACUGCGGGAGAAUGUUCUGCCAUAGCUCCUCACUGAUUGACCAUCAGAGGGUCCACACGGGUGAGAGACCUUAUAAAUGCCCCAAAUGUGAAAAGAGCUUCAAACACCGCUCUGUGCUUAUUCAACACAGGAGGAUCCACACAGGGGAGUGACCCUACAAAUGCCCCCACUGUGGGAAGGCCUUCGCCGAUCGCUCAGUUCUGAUCAAGCAUGAGCGGAUCCACACGGGGGACCGACCCUACAAAUGCUCCUGCUGCGGGAAGUGUUUCAGCGAUCCCUCUGUCCUGACCCGGCAUGAGCAUAUCCACACAGGCGAGCGACCCUACAAGUGUGUCCAUUGCGGGAAGGGCUUUAGUCAGAGCUCCACCCAUGCCCAGCAUCUGAGAACCCACACCAGGGAGCGGCCCUAUAGAUGUGAUGAGUGUGGGAAGAGCUUCAGUGUGAGUUCCAGCCUUGUUGUCCACCAGAGGAUCCACACAGGAGAGAGACCCUAUAAAUGUCCCCACUUUGGGAAGAGCUUUAGUGGCUGGCCAAAUUUUAGCAGGCAUCUGAGGACCCACGCCCAGGAGUAAACCCGACAGGUGACCCAAUUCUGGGAGAUGCUACUGUGAUCACUCUGGGCUCUUUAGACAGAGAACCCAUGCAGUGGAGAGAUGCUAUAAACGCCCCAACUGAUGGAAGAGCUUUAGUCCCAGGAUGUACCUUGUUAUUCAUCAGAAGAUCGACAGCAGAGACAGGCCUGAGAAAUAAAUGUGGAGGUAAGCGUCAUUCAGAGCUCAGAACAGGACUUCUGGUGUGGCGGAGGAGUGGGGUGGAUAGUGAGUUUCUUUUCUACCUCUUAUUUUUGCAAGAGCCAUUUUGUUCUUGUCCAGUCUGGGUUAUUAAAAAUUCAGCUUGAAUGUGAAGUUUUUUUUUUUUUUUUUUUUUCUGGUAGAAUGUAAUUCUUUUCUUCGCGCUAUCCUAAAGGUGGGUGGGGGUGGAGAUCAAGUGUGUCUGUGAGGCCAGUCUUGUCCCUUUUGUGGGUCAAUUCCUGUGCAGUAUUGAUCUGUACCAUACGGGGUGAGCAGUGCCACACUACUACCCUCUUCUGUCAGGUCACAGUCCAGAUCCAAUGCACAAAUGUCCACACUGAGGGACGGGCUGGGAGGGGCAUGGGGUUUCUUACAUUCCUUGCUUCCUCCGCUACCUCCAGGGCAGAUACUGAGAGAUGGGCCCUUUGCCUGGGCAUUCCAUUCAGCUGCUCCUCCCUCACAAUCUGUUGUGGAACUCUCAGGCCCCCAACAUUCCGCUCUAGUGCUACGGAACCGUCAGGUCCCCAACAUUCCGUCCGGCAGCACUGUCCUGGAGAUGAGGGAUCCCCUGAGUGACCGUGUCCAUUUGUGCUUGUUCAUCCAUAAGGAUGAAGUCUUGAGUGGCUCUGGUGUCCUCUUCUGUACUCCAGUGUGCCCCUCAUCUUCUGCCCUGGCCAAGGGUGUAUCCCAUGCUGACAGCUGAUCUCAUUGAUAAGGGCUAUUUGAGAAUAUCUGGGAGGUGAUGUAAAGAGUUAAUCCCAAUUUCCCCCUCCCUUCCCAAAGUGCAGUGGGUGGUGCCCUGGGGCGGGGGGGUGUGUGUGAGGGGGCUGUAAUAGCACAGGAACCUUCCUGUUCCCACCCCCUCAAUCAGGUGAUUAUCUGGUUUGCUAAGCAGAUAAUUUGCGCAGAGUUGCUCCCAGUCCUGCACUGUGUGCGCACAGGGGCGAGUCCCCAUCUGCAGCCCCAGAGCCCAGGAGGAAGAGAGAGAUGGAGAGGCGGCUCAAGGGGAGAGAGAAACAGCAGCAGAGGCAGGAAAUCGCUGCCGGGAGGAAGCAGCGGCGGGUAUAAUACAAGAAACUGCUAUCUGUAGGAAUUUGCUACCUAUAGAAGUUUCUCAUAAAUAAAGGAUUGUAAAAAAAACUGCUAGGUGAUGUAGCAAAUUCCUACAGACAGCAGUUUCUCAUACCCUAUAGCGUGAGAAACUGCUAUGAGAAACUAUUUGUAGGAAUUUGCUACCAGUAUUUGCUACCUCUCGCCUUUCCCAUCUUCUGGUGCAGAGGUAGCAAAUUGUUAUCGGUCGCAGUUACUGAUCCUUUAGGCUGUUCUACACCUGCGACUGUGACUGAGAACUAGCCCUGAUGAUUCCAAGAUCUCUCUCUUGAGUGGUAACAGUUAAUAUGGACCCUGUGUGUUUAUGCGGGGGAGGGCUGGUGUCAAGGUUCCUUCCCCACUCUGAACUCUAGGGUACAGAUGUGGGGACCUGCAUGAAAACCUCCUAAGCUUACUUUCACCAGCUUAGGUUAAAACUUCCCCAAGGAACCAACUAUUUUACCUUUUGCCCUUGGACUUUCGCUGCCACCACCAAACAUCUAACCAGAAUAUUAGUAGGAAAGAGCCCGUUUGGAAACGUCUUUCCCCCCCAAAAGCCUCCCAAACGUUACACCCCCUUCCUGGGGAAGGUUUGAUAAAAAUCCUCACCAAUUUGCAUAGGUGACCACAGACCCAAACCCUUGGAUCUUAAGAACAAUGAAAAAGCAUUGUUUCUUAAAAGAAGAAUUUUAUUAGAAGUAAAAAGAAUUACCUCUGUAAAAUCAGGAUGGUAAAUACCCUACAGGGUAAUUAGAUUCAAAACACAGAGAAUCCCUCCAGGCAAAACCGUAAGUUACAAAAAGACACAAAACCAGGAAUAUCCAUUCCAUUCAGCACAGCUUACUUUCUCAGCCAUUUAAAGGAAUCAUAAUCUAACGCAUACCUAGCUAGAUUACUUACUAAGUUCUAAGACUCCAUUCCUUUUCUGUUCCCGGCAAAAGCAUCACACACAUACAUACAGAGCCUUUGUUUCUCCCUCUCCAUAUCUUUGAAAAUAUCUUGUCUCCUCAUUGGUCAUUUUGGUCAGGUGCCAGGGAGGUUAUCCGAGCUUCUUAAUCCUUUACAGGUGAAAGGGUUUUUCCUCUGGCCAGGAGGGAUUUUAAAGGUGUUUACCCUCCCCUUUAUAUUUAUUAGAGGGGGUCUUCCUGAUAAUUGCUUCCUGCCUUCUGUUAGUUUUCUGGUUCCUUUUCCCUGAACUCAAUGUUCGUGUGUCUGCCUGCCUGUCUAACUUCACUGUGUGAUGGUUGUUACAUGGUUUGAUUGUUCACCUACCUGCAUGUCUUGCAGCCAUUUCCUCGUGUUUUGGGAUUGUUGUCUUGGGGUGCACCAGAGUGUCCCAUUAUGGAGACUGGUGAUCUGUUUUGGGGUGCACACUCCAUCACUUUAUACAUACAGUUGGGAUUAUGUUUUCCAAUGUGCACGUUACUUUGCACUUACCAACAUUGAAUUCAAUCUGCCAUUUUGUUCCUCAGUCACCCAGUUUUUUGAGAUCUCUUCAGAGUCGGUUUUGGACUUGACUACCUUGAAUAACUUUGUAUCCUCUGCAAACUUUGCCCCCUCAAUGUUUCGUCUUUUUUUCCAGAUCAUUUAUGAAUAUGUUGAACAGCACUGGUCCCAGGACAGAUCUUUGGGGGACCCUGUUGUUUAACCUCUCUCCACUGGGAAAACUGACCAUUUAUGUUUACCCUUUGUUUCCUGUCUUUUAAUCACUUACUGAUCCAGGAGAGGACCUUCCCUCUUGUCCCAUGACUGCUUAGUUUGCUUAACAGCCUUUGGUGUGGGAACUUGUCAAAGGCUUUCUGAAAGUCCAAGUACAGUAACUCCUCACUUAACGUUGUAGUUAUGUUUCUGAAAAAUGCUACUUUAAGUGAAUCCAAGUUCCCUAUAAGAAUUAAUAUAAAUAGGGGGAGUUAGGUUCCAGGGAAUUUUUUUUGGUCAGACAAAAUACUGUAUAUAAAAGUUUUAAACAAACAAGUUAAUACUGUGCACAACAGUGAUGAUUGUGAAGCUUGGUUGAGGUGGUGAAGUCAGAGGGUGGAUAUUUCCCAGGGAAUGCCUUACUGCUCAAUGAUGAGCUAGCACUCGGCUGAGCUCUCAGGGGUUAACACAUUGUUGUUAAUGUAGCCUCACACCCUACAAGGGAGGGGAGACAGCAUGGCAGAGAGAGACAGAGAGACACACCCUGUGUGUGAGAGAGAUGCACAUUGCCCCUUUAAGUACGCUGACGCCACUCUAAGUACAUUGCCUUUUUAAGUAGAUCAGCAAGUUGAGACAGCAGCUACUGCCAGCAAGCUCCCUCUGUCCUGAGCCUUGUUGUGUCUCUCCCCCUUCCCCCCGCUCUGUGGAAAUGGGGUAAAGUAGCGGGGAGGGGACACAUCCUGACAUUAUCACCCCUCUUCCCUCCCCCCCCCCACCCCCCCCCACACAGCAAGUAGGAGGCUCCUGGGAGCAGCUCCAAGGCAGAGGGCAGGAGCAGCACAUGGCAGUCGGGGGGAGGGACAGCUGAACUGCCGGCAAUGGAUAGCAUGCUGGGUGGCUGCUGCACAGGGAAUUUAGGGGGGCUGUUGGUCCACCCUGGUUUCAAGCCCCCACCAGCUCGCUGCAACGGGCUGCUCUUCCUGCAAGCAGUGGACAAAGCAGGAGGCUGCCAAAUGACGUUAUAAGGGAGCAUUGUGCAACUUUAAAUGAGCAUGUUCUCUAAUUGAUCAGCAAUGUAACAACGUUAACCAGGACGACUUUAAGUGAGGAGUUACUUUAAGUGAGGAGUACACUAUAUCAACUGGGUCAUCCUUGUCCACAUGCUUGGUGACUCCCUCAAAGAAUUCUAAUAGAUUGGUGAGGCGUGAUUUCCCUUUACAAAAACCACAUUGACUCUUCCCCAUCAAUUCACGCUCAUGUGUGUGUCUGAUAAUUCUGUGCUUUACUAUAGUUUUGACCAAUGUGUCUGGUACUGAAGUUAGGCUUACCAGCCUGUAAUUGCCUGGAUCACCUCUAGAGCCUUUUCUUUUAAAAAAAUAAAAUAAAAAUGUUAAAUUAGCUAUCCUCCAGUCUUCCGCUACAGAGGCUGAUUUAACGGAUAGGUGUUAUGGAGUGGAGUGUAGGUGGUCUGGCCUAGAAGAGCAGGAGUGAGAUCUAGGGGGUGGAGCAGGCAUCCAGGUUGGGGAACGAAGGCAAGGAUCAGCACCAGUCAACUACCAGUUACCAGAACCAGGGGUCAAGCCAGAGUCAGAACUAGAAAUUGAAGCUGAAGGUCAGAGCCAAGGUUGGAUGCCAAAUUCCAGAGCCAGGAUCAGGAGUCAGAGGAUGGGGUCAAAGCCAGGACGGGUCACUGAGGAUUGGAGGUGAGGCAUAAGGGCAGGAGGAGACACAAGGAUCAAGCACAGAGCAGGAGCAUGGUGGGAACAAGAGUGAAGCCAGGAGCAGGGAUGAGUGCAGGAGACAGGCACAAGCAGGGUCCAAUGCAGCCACAACAGGAAACGACCUUGUUGCUCAGACAAAUGUCCUGUUCCGCCUCCUGGCUUAAAUAGCGUAGUAGGACCAAUCAGCAGAGUUGGGCAGUACUCCAGUCAGAGCGCUCGUGGGUGAUGCCUAUAACCCCAGUAGCUUUUCAGCCCACUUGACUUCAAUAGCCAUUGGGUGGAAGCCAGGAUGUGACAGCUGUUUGGGGAUGUGUAAGCCUGAGGUCAAGUCCUGGGACGUCAUAAUAGGUUAUGUACCACAGUUAGUAGUUCUGGGAUUUCAUAUUUGAGUUGCUCCAGAACUCUUGGGUGGAUCGCAUCUGGUCCUGGGGACUUAUUACUGUUUAAUUUAUCAAUUUAUUCCAAAAACUCCUCUGACAUCUCAAUGUGGGACAGUUCCCCAGAUUUGUCACCGAACAAGAUUGGAUUAGGUAUGGGAAUCUCCCUCACAUCCUCAGCUGUGAAGACCAAUACAAAUAAUUAGCUUCUCCGCAAUGGCCUUGUCUUCCUUGGGUGCUCCCUUAGCACCCUGAUGGUCCAGUGGCACCACUGAUUGUUUGGCAGCCUUCCUACUUCUAAACAACUUUUUGCUGUUAGUGUUUUGCUUGUUAGCCUUCAAAUACAUUUUUGGCCUUCCUGCUUAUACUUUUACACUUGACUUGCCAGAGUUUUUGUUCCUUUCUAUUUUCUUCAGUAGUAUUUGAGUUCCAAUUUUUAAAGGAUGCUGUUUCGCCUCUAAGAACCCUUUUUACUCUGCUCUUUAGCAGUGGUCACGUUUUUCCCUGUUUUUUUUAUUUAUUUAUUUGGGGUAUAUGGUAGUUUGGGCCUCUUAUGGUGUUUUAAAUAGUUUCCAUGCAGCUUGCAGGCAUUUCACUCUUUAUUUUUAUUUCCAUUUCCUCCUCAUUUUUGUGUAGCUCCUCUUUUGGAAGUUAAGUGCUAUAGUGGGGGGUUUCUUUGGUAUUCCCACCCCCCCCCCCCAACAAGGUUGUGAAAUUUAAUUACAUCAUGGUUGCUAUCACUGAGCCAUCAUGCUAUAUUAAUCUUUUGGACCAGAUACUGUGCGCCACUUCAUCAAGAAUUGCCUCUCCCUUUGUGGGUUCCAGGACUAGCUGCUCCAUGAAGCAGCCUUGAAAUGCAAAGCACUAUUUGACACUAGGGAUAUAUUUUAAAGUAACAUUUCUGUAACUUUGCCCUCUUCACAUCAGAUUUCCCCCUAAAAACUGCCAUGAGAAAUAUCCUUAACUAUGGCCCCAUUGUGCAUUCACUCACUGUGUGACCUUGGGAAAAUAAUUUUGCAUCUGUUUCUGAGUUUCCCCACCCAUAAAAUAGCAAUUAUGAAACUCACCUUUGUGGUCCGCAGAUUAAAAGUGAUAUUUAGGUGUUCUUACUACUUUGGAAACACACAUCUGCAGCGAAGAAAACUUUGAACUGACACUCCCAGGCCUCACAAAGGGAACCAGUGAAAAUUAACAGUGAAAAUUGAAAGCAUAGCUUCAUCUGCAAGCAGCAGAAAUGCAGUGUCCUGGGAGACACUGAAAUGGACUGAGGGGAAGAUGGGGUCAAACAGCUCAUGUUAAAAGCACCUGUGACUAUUGAUAAUAAAUCAAAGUGGAAAGCUCUUCGUACGUAUGUGUUUCUUUAAGCAGCUUGUGCUACUGUGCAAGACAGGACAGCACUGCUUUAUCCCUCUGUAGGAAUGCAUGGACGUCCCUCCCUGUCAGCCUCAGAGGGAGGCCACACGUCCUCGCUGUCGCAUCUAUAAAUGGCAAUUUUUCAAAGGGGGAAUUAACAGUUUGUGAAGCUCAGGCCCUCUGUCAAGGCUGAUUCCCCACUCUGGCACUUCGAGUGCAGAAGGUGAGGGCCCACAAGGAUUCUAAAAAUGGAUACUGGCCACUCCAGGCUUGUAUUAAACUCCCAAGGUUACAGCUUCUCUCUGACCUUGGAUGGGUAGAUGCUGCCACCACCCAAAUACAAAAAAACGCUUUGAACCCAGGAAGGUGCACUUGGGAAUUCCUCCCUGUGGGGUACCCUCAGGCCCUCUUCCCCACCCCUCCGGGGAAGAGUUGAGAAAGAAAACAAAUGAAAUUAGCUGUUGUCACCAGCUAAUGAAACAACAUCUGCACAAACCUCUUAGGACACAAAAACCCCAAUCCUGUUAUUAACAAAGGUAAAUUUUAUUAAAAACAAAAAGAAAGAAAAUACA